AUGGGAUCCUGCUGGAUGCUAGAGCAGUCCCCAGGCCGGAGCCGGGGGCUGGAGAACGUCCCACCCUCCUCUCGGCCCGGCAGCCCCCCACUCUGUGGGCACAGGCAGGGACCCUCGGAGCCAAGGCCAGAGCUCGGAGGCCAGACCCGGCACCCGCGCCGCGCACACCCCCCCCUCUCGGACCCCCGGGCCGGGCUGCGCUGGCUGCCCGAACCCGGCUCCGCGGGCGGACGCACCCAGCCGCCGUGCCUCCCGUCCCCGCUCCUUCAAGCCGCGUCAGGUGGGGCGCCCGGCUGCGCGGGCUGCUCCCCACGCCCAGGCCCCACCCGCGCGGGGCCGCCCCGCGCCACCCGGGCUCCCGCUGCGACAGACGGGGAGCCGCUCCCCAGCGUCCGCCACUGUCGGGGUCCGCGGGCCGCGCCCGUGCCCGGGGGGCGGGGGGGGCGGCGGCGCGGGGCUCCCCCACCCCCGCACCGGCCGCGGUGGCCUGCAGGACGCUCCCGGCCCUCCCGCCUUCGGUCCGUCGGGACCCCUCCCCGGGUCCUCCGCGGCCUCCCGGCGGGUCCCUCCCGGCCUCCCCCGGCCUCCCCGCCCGCCGCGCCCUUACCGUACGACGGGCCGGGUGCGCCGGGGCCGGGCGCGCGGGGGCUCCGCUGGCGGCCCGGCUAG